GACUCUCUUCUCAGUCCGACUAUAUUCCGAAAGGGAGUGAAAAUAGUGUUCUUGUUGUGUUUGUUGUUUGUAACUAUUUUUUAUUUAUAAACAAAAUUUUUUAUUUUUAACACACAAUUAAUGCGUGAAAUUUUUCCACUUUACUGUGGUGAAAAUUCUAUUAACAAGUUCCAAACGAUGAAUCUGUGGUUUCAUUUUUCAAGUAUUUUUUAACUUUGUUGCUAGCAUUGAACGUCUAAAUGGUUUUUAGCCAAAUAUCUUAAUAUAAAUAUUGUUGAUACAUUAAUCAUAAUUAUAGCAGAAUGGAAUCUCAAGAAAAUUCUGGUAUAUAUAAAUUAGAAGCAACUCAGGACGAUGUUGGUGGUUUAAUUAUUAGAAAAAAAACGUCAGAUCAUACAUUUAAAAAACCUCUGCCAUCAGCAUUAGGAUUAGACAAAUUGGCUGAAAAAAGACGGUAUGAAAAUUUCAAUAAACCUUCUUCUUCUUCUAAAUCUAAGUCCUGUUUAUCAAGAAAAGAUGGUAAAGAGAGAAGUUAUCGUGCACCUGUUGAAGAAACUCCAACACACACUGGUGGAGUAAAUAGCUAUGCUCGAAGAAGAUUUGAUGAUCGUUUGAAAAGACAAAGACUUGAUGCAUAUGAUUUAAAAAGAAAUUCAAGAAAAAACAAUGACAAAAGUUCAAGAAGUGAACGAAGAUAUUGGAAUAGGGAUAGCGACAGUGUAAGAAGUAGAGAUAAACGUGAUAGUUCACGACAGACACCGCUCAAAUUCAAAGAUGAACCACAAACUCCGAAAUUCAGAACUAAAGAUUCAACAUCAAAGAGUAAUUGGGAUGAUGAUGACGACGAAGAGCCAAAAAAAUCAAGUUGGGAUCAUCCUACCCCAAAAAUAUAUGGAUCUCAAAAAGAAUUAAGUGUAAGAAGUGAAUUUACACCUUCUUAUAAAUAUAACUCAUGGAAUAAAGAACGUAAAGCUGGAAUAACACCAAUGAUUGCUGGAGAAGAUCCAGAAUAUUGGGAAGAAGAACAACAAAGGCUUGAUCGAGAGUGGUAUGGUUCAGACGAUGGUGAAACUCGUCAAUUUUCAAAUAUUCCUGAAGAUUAUACAAAAAAGAAAGAAAUGGAAUUAGAAGCAAAACGUCAAAAACGACUUUCAGCACAACAAAGACAAAUCAAUAAAGAUAAUGAACUCUGGGAGAGAAAUCGAAUGUUAACAUCAGGUGUUGUGAGCUCUUUGGACAAUGAUAACGAUCCAGAUGAUGAAGGGGAAACUCGAGUACAUUUAUUAGUUCAUAAUGUUGUACCACCAUUUUUGGAUGGAAGAAUUGUAUUUACAAAGCAACCAGAACCAGUAAUUCCAGUCCGUGAUCCAAGUUCUGACAUGGCUUUAGUUUCUAGAAAAGGGUCAGCAUUAGUACGUGCUUACAGAGAACAAAAAGAGCGAAGAAAAGCUCAAAAAAAACAUUGGGAAUUAGCAGGAACUCAUAUAGGAAACAUAAUGGGAGUUAAAGAUGGUAGAAAUGAUGAUAAAGAGAUUCCUGGUCAAGAGAAAGAUUUUAAAGCUGGACAAAAAUAUGCAAAACAUAUUGAUGGUCUGAACAGUUCUAGUGAAACUCGUCAAAGACACAUUCAAAAUCAGAGAAGAAGUCUUCCAGUUUUUGCUGUUCGUCAAGAACUUCUCAAUGUGAUUAGAGAAAAUAGUGUAGUUAUAAUUGUUGGAGAAACUGGAAGCGGAAAAACUACUCAACUCACUCAGUAUCUACAUGAAGAAGGUUAUAGCCAAAAUGGAGUAAUAGGAUGUACACAACCAAGGAGAAUUGCUGCUAUGUCUGUUGCUAAAAGAGUUUCUGAUGAAAUGGGUUCUGUUUUGGGUGAUAAAGUUGGUUAUGCCAUUCGAUUUGAAGAUUGUACUUCAAAAGAUACUGUCAUUAAGUAUAUGACUGAUGGUAUUUUGUUAAGAGAAAGUUUGAGGGACGGAGACCUUGAUCGAUAUAGUGUUAUCAUUAUGGAUGAAGCUCAUGAACGUUCGCUCUCUACUGAUGUUCUUUUUGGGCUUCUUAGAGAUGUUGUUGCUGGUCGUCAAGAUUUAAAACUUAUAGUCACUUCAGCUACUAUGGACUCUAGUAAAUUUUCUGCAUUCUUUGGCAAUGCCGCUACAUUUGAAAUACCUGGAAGAACUUUUCCAGUUGAGAUUAUGCAUGCAAAAAAUCCGGUUGAGGAUUAUGUUGAUGCCGCUGUCAAACAAGUGCUUCAGAUUCAUCUUCAGCCGAAAAGUGGUGAUAUUUUAGUUUUUAUGCCAGGUCAAGAAGAUAUCGAAGUUACAUGUGAAAUUUUAAACGAAAGAUUAGCAGAAAUUGAAUCAGCUCCUGAAUUAUUAAUUUUACCUAUUUAUUCUCAACUUCCUUCAGAUCUCCAAGCAAAAAUUUUUCAACGAUCAGAAGGUGGUUUAAGGAAAUGUGUUGUUGCUACGAACAUUGCUGAAACAUCACUGACUGUUGAUGGUAUCGUUUUCGUAGUUGACUCUGGAUAUUGUAAACUGAAAGUUUAUAAUCCUCGUAUUGGUAUGGAUGCUCUUCAAGUUUAUCCAGUAUCGCGAGCUAAUGCCGAUCAAAGAUCUGGAAGAGCUGGUAGAGUAGGCCCAGGAGUUUGUUAUCGACUUUACACCAGAAAACAAUAUCUCGAUGAACUUUUACAGACAGGUGUUCCAGAGAUUCAGAGAACUAAUUUAGCUAAUACUGUUCUUUUACUUAAAUCUCUUGGUGUUCAAGAUUUAUUAGCAUUUCAUUUUAUGGACCCACCUCCUCAAGAUAAUAUUCUAAAUUCAUUGUAUCAAUUAUGGAUUUUAGGAGCUCUAGAUAAUACUGGAAGACUAACACCUUUAGGUAGACAAAUGGCAGAAUUCCCUCUUGAUCCUCCCCAAUGUCAGAUGCUCAUCGUUGCUUCUCAGCUUGGUUGUACAUCUGAGAUUCUCAUUAUCGUAUCAAUGCUAUCAGUUCCAUCAAUUUUCUAUAGACCAAAAGGAAGAGAAGAAGAUUCAGAUUCAGCAAGGGAAAAAUUCCAAGUUCCAGAAUCUGAUCAUUUAACAUUUCUUAAUGUUUAUAAUCAAUGGAAAUCAAAUGGGUAUUCUAGUUCUUGGUGUAAUGAACAUUUUAUUCAUGCCAAGGCUAUGAGAAAGGUCAGAGAAGUUCGACAACAAUUGGAAGAAAUUUUGAAACAACAAAAAAUGGAAGUUGUAAGUUGUGGUACAGAUUGGGAUAUUGUUAGAAAAUGCAUUUGUUCUGCUUAUUUUCAUCAAGCUGCAAGAUUAAAAGGAAUUGGAGAGUAUGUUAAUUGUAGAACAGGAAUGCCUUGUCAUCUUCAUCCAACUUCAGCGUUGUUUGGUAUGGGAUUUACUCCUGACUAUGUUGUUUAUCACGAAUUAGUUAUGACUGCAAAAGAGUAUAUGCAGUGUGUUACAUCUGUUGAUGGUCAUUGGCUUGCUGAACUAGGGCCAAUGUUUUUUAGCGUUAAAGAAACUGGAGGAUGUGGUCGUGCCAAACGAAAACAAGCUAUGCAGCAUCUUGAUUUUAUGGAGAAGCAAAUGAAGCAGGCAGAAGAAGAAAUGAAGUCGAGAGCAAAGGAACAAUUAGAAAAAGAGCUAGCUUCCGUUCGAAAGCAAGAAAUUUUAACUCCAGGAAUGAGAGAGCCUGGAACACCAGUGUUAUACCGAAAAACUCCUGGAAGAUUUGGGCUGUAAAUAAAUUUCCAAUGUGUAGAUAUUUUUUAAACUUUAUUUGUUUUAAAUAAAAUAUUUUGCAAUAUAAAGAACUAACUAAGUAA